UGAACCAUGCAAGUAGUUGCUCCCUUUCUGGAGGACCUUCUCCGCAGUGCGCAUGUCCUAUUCUCCUACACGCUUCCUUCAAUCCGUCACAAAGGCUCGAAGAAGCAAAAUCAAUGACAUUAGUCACGACAACUUGCUGGGCAGAAGAUUGCACUCUCUUUAGGAUAGCUUUUCCUCCACCCGACGUAGUGUUAAAAUAUUAGCUUUUUGUGCAACCCUUCUGCUAUUGUAGAUUUUAAGAAAGAUCGACACACAAGGACCCGAUGGAAUCGAUAUGGGAAAACAUCAGCACCGCACUGGAACUGGCGCCCGACACAGCGGACAGGUGGUUGGCCAAGCUUCGGGCACAGUACGCGCAAAGCCAUCGUCACUACCACACGGAGUCGGAGCUGAUCCGUCGAAAAGUUCCCCAUCUAAAGGGAGCGAGUGUAUGCAUUCAGCUGGCCGCCCUGUUUCAGUAUUACCACUUCGAGGCGGACAAAGACUGUGUCGCACGGAACUGUGAGACAGUGGGUGAAUUCUUUGCCGAUGCACAGAUUGAAAAUAAAACGCUGGAAGCGAACGUAAAGCGACUGCUGGGAGACUUGCAGAUGGAGGCUGGGGAUCUAUCCGAGAAUGACGUGCAAUACUUUCAGGACUUGGACCUGCUAGUACUAGGUAUCCCGGCGGAAGAGUACAAACAAUACACCCAGCAGCUUCGUAACGAAUGUCCGGCAGAGGAUGUCAGUUCCUACGAUAAAAUGCGCCUUAAGGUGAAUGCCGGCUGCAUCUUCAGGAAGCGUUUAGCGGAACUUGUGUUUUCUUCUUUGCAGCUACUGCAAGCGCUGAGCCGCAUACCGAGCAUUUACAUGACGGCGCAGUUCAGCGAGCGCUUCGAGAGUGCCGCACGAACCAACAUUGAGCAGGAAAUUAAGGAUUUGCAAUCGAAAUAGAGCACCAAUCGGUAGACACAAUACUAACCUCUGCUACGUAAGUAUUAUUACUCGUUCUCGCCGUUGCGUGUUCGUGCCGUGUGUUCGCCGAAACAACUGUUCCACGCUGUUCCAACCGCAUUGGAUUGUCGGUGGGGGUUUGGGACGUCGUUGCGUUAAAAGUUAGGGUAAACGAAUAAAGAGUCUAUCGCUAUUUGGGUAGUAUA